AUGUCAGAGCAGAUGCCAGACAAGGCUGGGGCUGCCGGGGCCCUGGAAGACAUCUGUCGGGAUUAUCAGUCAUCGCUGGAAGACCUGACCUUCAACAGCAAACCCCACAUCAAUAUGCUGACCAUUGUAGCUGAGGAGAACCUGCCCUUCGCCAAGGAGAUCGUCUCUCUCAUUGAGGCCCAAACAGCCAAGGCUCCUUCCUCAGAGAAGCUUCCUCUUAUGUACCUCAUGGAUUCUAUUGUGAAAAAUGUUGGAAGAGAGUAUCUCACUGCCUUUACAAAAAAUCUAGUUGCAACAUUUAUUUGUGUGUUUGAAAAGGUGGAUAAAAAUACUAGAAAAAGUUUAUUUAAAUUACGUUCCACAUGGGAUGAAAUAUUCCCUUUGAAGAAACUUUAUGUCUUGGAUGUCAGAGUCAAUUCACUAGAUCCUGCUUAGCCUAUUAAACCUCUGCCCCCUGAUGUAAAGACAUCUAGCAUGCACGUGAAUUGCAAAUUUUUAAAUAAAUCACCUGAGGAAGCUUCAGCACCUGGGACAGUGCUCAGCUCCCCCAGUAUCUCCACUCCUCUGAUUGAACCCCACAUACAAAAGAAUCUUACUCAAGAGCAACUAAUAGGGCAAGAGGUACUUGAAAACCCAAAACAGUUGUUAGAACGUCAGCAGAAGAAGCAGGAGCUUGAGUUGGAAGAAGCUAAGGCACCACUGGUAGGAUCUCUCAGUGUUCAGCAGGAGACAGCCAACUUGGGUACUGGAACACUACCAUGUAAGUUAUGUGUUUCACACAUUCCCACCAUGGGCAAAAAAUCUCCCCAUCAGGUUCCUGUGCAACCUGACAAAAGCCGACCAGGUCCAUCCUUACAAACUAAAGACUUGAAAGUGAUUACACGGGAUCCCUGUCUGAACAGGAGGAGCCAACAUUCUUCCCAUGACAAAGUGCAGAGUCUCAGGAAGGAAUAUGUAAUGAACCCAUUAAACCAGUCUGAUAGUAACACAAGGAAAUCUGUACCCUCUGAAGAACUAAAUUCAUCCAAGCAAGCAAAAAGUGAGUCAAGUGAAAGAAUAACCAAGAAUGAACUUGACCAGUUAGAUUCUAAAUCUACAUCUAAAUCACAAUCACCUUUGAAAAACAAAUCAUCCCACAAAAAAGACUUGAAAAAUCAAGACUGGGAAAGGAUGAGGGUGUGUGGUAUGAACAAGAGAGAUCCACGAAUAAAAGAGUAUCUUCAGGAUAGAGCUGAGGGCAAAGAAGAAGAUGUAAAAGAAAAGAGAAAAACUGCAGAGAAGAUGGAUAAAGAUGAGCACAUGGAAUCAUCUGAACACAGGCUGAUUGGAAGUAGAAGUCAAAUCAUAAAUGGCAUUGUGAAAAAACAGGACAUGUUUACAGAAGACCUGGAAAAACAGGGGCCAAAACCAGGGAGAACAAGGACUCGAAAGAGAUCAAGAUCAAGGUCACCUAGGUCUCAGUCACCCAAUGGAAGGCAAAGAAGUAUGUUUCCAGAUUUGGCCCCCAAAACUAGAAAGAUGCAUGAGUCAGGACUUCAACAGUCACAUAUGGAGGAGUUCCCAGCACCUUCUAGGGAAGAAAGAAAUGUUAAGGGAAGUACUAAGCAGGAUGGUCGAGAUCCCAGACAGCUGAAAAAGAUGGAUGAACAUUGGCCAAAAGAAACUGCAAGUCCACCUUCUGUGAAGUCAGGUGCUGAGCCAAAAGAGAAUAUAGACAACUGGCAAAGCUGCAAGUCUGCCAAAGGAUGGAAAUCUAGUUGGCAAGAAAAUAAAAGCAUCCACGUGUGUGAUGAACAUAGUCAAGCACCUCAUCUAAGGCAUAGGGAGAGCUGGUCAAGCACUAAAGGAAUGUUGUCCCCUCGAACCCCAAAGCAGCACCGUCGACCAAGUGGACAUGCCGAUCUCCAGAUUCCUAAAGAGUUAACCAUUGCAAGCAAAAGAGAAGUCCUUCAAACUUUGAGUGAACUUUCAGCUUCUGGUGACAUUUCACAAGACGAAUUCCUUGGUGUUGUGCAUCAAAUUCCACAGCUCUUUCAGUAUCAAGAAGGUGGAAGGGAGGAGCAGAGAUCUCCCUUCAAUGAUUGUUUUCCAUUUAAGCGACCUAGAUAUGAAGAUUCAGAUAAACCGUUUGUAGAUGGCCCAGCAUCAAGAAUUGCUGGCCUUAAUACAAAUCAGUGGCUUACAGCUUUAGCUGAAGACCGACCAUUAUUAGAUGGACCUGAUAGGCCAUGUGAGAGGAGACAUGUCCCAGCCAAGAUGAUUUUGGAAGGACCUAAUGAAUUAAGCCAUAGAAUGGAUGGACCCCCUACACCAGCUUCUCUUGGGUUGGAGGGAUCACAAGGACAAAGCAGGGGAGGAGGCCCUAUGCAAUGCAGAGGACCACAAGGUCAGUUAGGAGGUGCGUGUCCUUUGAGAUUUGAAGUUCGUCCAGGACCAGUACAAUUACCUCUGCGACAUGAAGGGACAAUUGUUCAAGGAGGAGGAGGAGGUUUUCAAUUUGAAGGUUCACCUAGUGUGAGUUUGGAGGGAUCUAAAGGUGGUUUGGGAUUUGAAGGACCUGGGGGUCAGCCUUUGGGCAUUCUGAGGUCUGAAGGCCCUCUCGGACAUCCUGUGGGCAGUCUUAGAUUUGAUAAUCCUCGAUGCCAACCUUUAGGUGGGCUCAGGUUUAAGGGGGCUCAUCAUCGACCAGGGGCAGCAAUUAGGUUUGAUGGGCCUCAUGGUCAGCCAGGUGGUGCUAUCAGAUUUGAGGGCCCUUUGCCACAGCAAGGAGUUGGAAUGAGGUUUGAGGGUCCCCAUGGUCAGGCUGUGGCUGGUGUGAGAUUGGAAGGACAUAAUCAACUAGGUGGGAACCUUAUGUCUGAGGGACCACAUGGCCAACCAGGGUUUGGCAUCAGGUUUGAAGGACCUUUAGUACAACAGGGAGGUGGAAUGAGGUUUGGGGGUCCUGUGCCAGGAGGUGGCCUGAGAACUGAAGCACCUGUGGGUCAAGGGGGUCCACGAUUUCAAGGUGGUCACUCUGUAAGGUUUGAUGGACAGCCAGGUCAGUCAUCACUUUUGCCAAGAUUUGAUGGAACACACAGCCUGCCAGGUCCUAGAUUUGAAAGAGCUGGUCAGCCAUGUCCACAGAGACUUCCUGGGCCACCUGGUCAGCGGGUUCAACUGAGAUUUGAUAGUGUAACUCAAAGAUUUGACGGGCCACAACAGCAGCAGGCAUCAAGAUCUGAUAUUCCUCUUGGUGUGCAAGGUACCAGAUUUGACAAUCAUCCUUCCCAAAGGCUUGACUCUUUCCAUCAGACUGGCCCAUAUAAUGACCCACCUGGCAAUGCUUUGAAUAUUCCAGUUCAAGAACUACAGUUCCAAAGAAAUGAAGAGAUAUUUGACACACCUCAAGGACCAAAUUUUAAUGGACCUCAAGGCCCAAAGAAUUUCCCACAGGCCCGUAACAGAGCUUCAGGACACUAUUUGGAUGAAAAGAAUCUUGAAAGUUUUCAGUUG